AUGUCGAAACGGCCACGAAGCCGCUCAGGCUCUUAUUCUUCCGAGAACGACUCAGACUCAAUCUCUCCGACUGGGGCGAACACUACAACUCCUCCUUCUGAGCGCACCAAGUUUAUCGACAGUGGUAUCAACGCGCUUCCCGAGGUAAUGCAUUGUUCUUUACCGCCUCACCGCGAAACGCUCUCGUUUGCUUCAUACGAGGAGUACGAAGUUCAUUAUCUUCAAUCUCACGUUAAUCGCUGCUCUGAAUGCAGCAGAAACUUCCCCACUGGUCUUUUGCUCAAUCUCCACAUUGAGGAGAACCAUGAUCCGCUGGCUGCUGCGCGACGAGCCCGCGGGGAGAAGACGUAUGGAUGCUUCAUCGAAAACUGCGAACGAAAAUGCUCCACUCCGCAAAAACGACGGCUGCAUCUGAUCGACAAGCAUAUGUUUCCAAAGAGUUACAACUUCUACAUUGUCAAUGAUGGCAUCGAUCAACAGACAUCUAUGCUGCGACCCAUGCAUAGCGGCAGAAGACGUAUCUCAACGUCAUCUGCUCUGGAGGGCAGAUUACGACGCCGAAGCUCAGUAUCUCAGUCAAAUCCAUCGACAUCUGCAAUCUCCGAAAAGAAACCAUCAGACGAGAUGGACGUCGAUGAAUUGGCAAAGUCCAUGUCUGCCCUGAAGUUUGUGCCUGCGAGUGUCACAAGAAAUCGCUCCAAGGCAGGCAAGUAG